UUGGUUGUUUAAGCAAAAAAAUAAAUAAAUAAAUUGUUUGGUAUUCUGCGAUUGUGAGUCGGCUCGUCAGUGGCGACUCACGAGGUUCAAAGAAUGAGAAGGAAUCAUCAACUUCUGCUUCAGCUCAAAUGCCUGCGCUUCGGCAACGGGAGCUUCUCUACCACUGUCAAGAGAACACCGGCAGUAUCAAUGGCUACACUUAAUUAUUCAUCGUCAACCGUGAUUUGCAUAUCAGAAUCCCAAGCUGAGGCUCACAUAUCGCCCAAUCUAAUUAGGAUCAUGGAACAGAGGUUUUCGGCCAUUGAAUACCGAACUGCUUUUCUUCAAAAGGCUGUGAACCAGCCAGAAGCUUCCCCAACUGAGUUUGCUAGAGCUAAUAAGGAGCUUCGCAAGCUCAGACCUUGUAUGGACCUCAUUUCUCACUUAAGGUCCAAGCAGAAGGAGAUUUGUAGUUUGAGGUCACUCAUUUCUGAAUCUUCUGAUGAUAAAGAAAUGCUUACUGUGGCCAAUGAUGAACUGAAUCAGGCCUUGGAAGAAGAGAAAACACUUCACAAUUUAUUGUUGAAGUUACUCCUUCCUAAAGAUGAUGCUGAUGAGAGGGACUGCAUUUUGGAGGUCAGAGCAGGCACUGGUGGGGACGAGGCCUCUUUGUUUGCCAUGGACAUUUUCAAAAUGUACGAGAGAUUCUCGCAGAAGAAAGGUUGGAAGUUUGAAGUGGUAGAUGUUACAGAAUCAGAUCUUAAAGGUUAUAAGGAAGCUAGUGCGGCUAUCUCAGGGGCUGAUGUCUAUGGGAAACUUAAAUUUGAGAGUGGAAUUCACAGGGUACAGCGAGUUCCUGUAACCGAGAAGUCUGGACGUGUUCACACAAGUGCUGUUUCUGUUGCUAUACUACCUCAGGCUGAUGAAGUAGAUGUGCAGCUGAAGAAUGAAGAUUUGAAAAUUGAUACAUACAGGUCUGGUGGUGCAGGUGGACAGCACGCUAAUACCACUAACAGUGCUGUUAGGAUAACUCAUAUUCCAUCCGGUUUGACUGUGAACAUACAAGAUGAACGGUCCCAACACAUGAACAAGGCCAAGGCUCUCAAGGUUCUAUGUGCGAAGCUAUAUGAAAUAGAGAGGUCUAGAGUUCAUAGCAAUAGGUCAAAACUUCGGUCAGAACAGAUUGGUACUGGGGACAGAUCCGAACGAAUCCGAACAUACAACUUUCCUCAAGGGCGAGUCACUGAUCACCGUGUCAGCAUAACUUGUCAUGCAAUAGAUGAUGUAAUGCAGGGGGAUGAUCUGGAUAUCUUUAUUGAUGCUCUACUAUUGCAGCAGGAAAUGGAUGCAAUUGCCCAUUUCAGCUCUUCCCAGUGAAGCUAUUAUACCCAGGUAAGUAGCCGCAUCAUUAUACAUGUUGUGGAAGAGAGACGACGUUCUACAUGGUGUAUGGACAGGUGCAGUAGCGUUUUACCCAAUUUUGUUUGCUGAAUAAUAAUGAUCCAUUACUGUUGGCUUUCAUUGAAAUUUAGGUCCUAUUCUUGUAGCUUCUUUGCUUGAUGCUAAACUUACCUUUAUUAAGAAUAUCGGUCUUUCUCAUGUCUUGUCCCAGAAUGAAAAUGGGUUAGAAAUGUCUUUUACAGGGAGUCUGGUUUCAGGUUAGAAUAUUGUGUACCAGGCUAUUAGUAAACACCUUUUUUUUUUUCAUUAUUGGUGGAUUCUAAUAAUGAAUUUCUAUACUAAUCAAGUUUAGUGUUAAAAAAAAGUAAGUGGAGAGGAAUGUUAGCCUUCUGCUAGUUGAAUGAAAAACUAAAAGACAUUUAGAAACGAUCUUUACUUCUUCUUAGCAAGUCGUAUGAAGAAUAAUUAUCUUCAUUCCUUAUCAAAAAAAGUGUUACUUUUGUGCUCCACAUGAACAAGUGGAUGAUAACAUCAUGACUAAUUAUCUUCCGAUAAAAUAAACAAAUAGCAACAUAGUAAUAAUCAAGAUUAGUUGUUUAUUAUUAUAGCAAGCUAACUCCUAAGUCCUAAGGUAGGGACAGAAAUAGCUUCUUUUGUUAGCUUCAAUGCCAGCCUUUUGGAUUACUUCAAAUUCAAAUUAAAAACGUUUGAAGGCGUGAAGUUUGAAGCAGAAAAUUCCAUAAUCGGUUGAUCUGUUGGAACUUUUUCAUAGAGUUAAUGAAUUUUUAACAAAAUGAUAGUGUUUUAGUGUUUUUGACAUGAGUGGAUAUGAGUUUUUGUUUAUAAGGGUAUAUAUAAAAUGUAAUUUUGACACUUGGGAUAGGGCUCUAAGGGGUACUUAGUUUUGUGCGAAUGGGUGUGGAUAUAUACUUGACCCACCACGAGCCGGUUGGUGUGGUGUGACACUUUGUUUUUUGAAAAAAAUUUAAUAUAUUAUUUUUAUUUAAUUAAUCAAAACAGUUUUUAAACAUGUUUAAAUUAAUUGGUAAAACGAUUUUUCAUUUUUAAAAAUGUAUAACUUUUUUCACUCACUUUAUUCAACUGUCUUGCAUGGUAUUUUGGGAGGACAUUUUUCUUCCAAUAAGACUAUUGGAGCCUAUUAAUCAACACCCUUGGGGACCCAUGCUCUGGAUGACAAAGCAGUAAGGACUUUCCAUCAACAAAUUUGGUCAGGCCAACAACCAAACAAACCAAGUAGUACUCAUUAUGGAAUUGAUCAACAACAUUGCCAAAGUUUAUGGGAGCGUAUCUAUAUUUGGCGGAGUAGGUGAACAUACCCGUGAAGGAAAUUAUCUUUACAUGGAAAUGAAAGAAUUUGGCGUAAUUAAUGAACAAAAUAUUACCGAAUUGAAAGUGGCUCUAGUCUAUGGCCAGAUGAAUGAACCACAAUCACUAGUAUAGUUUCUUAUCUAUGAUUUUUCUAUUUAGAUAUACUAAAGCCAUCUUACUCAA